AUGAUAGGACUAGGCGCUACACAUCCAUCUUUGUCUGGUCGAUCAUCUAGUUCUUCUACUAGAAAAUCAGUCAAUUAUUAUGCAUUUAAGCAUAUGCAGUUGGCUCCUUUGGAUUUAGAUGACAAUAAUGAUGCUAGAAGCGUAAAUGACGGUAUCGAUAAUACUCCAAAUGAUUUUCCAUUGCCCAUGGCUAAACCCCAAAGUUUUAUGGGAUCAGCUCAAGCUUUUAAGCAAAAAUCUUUAUUACCACCGCUUCGAAGUCAAUCGUCUCAAGAUCAAACUAUAAGAAAAUCGUGUUUACCUCCACUUAGACAAGCUCCUCAUGGGCUUAAUAGCUUUCAUAAUCCAGCUCUUUUCGCAAAAUCAUAUCCAGAAGCAAUUCCUGAUAAAAUUGAAAUUAAAGAAAUGGGUCCAAAGAUAUUACAUAUUAUCCCUCUAGCAAAUGCUCAGAGACCAACUACGCCAAAACCUUCGCCAACUUUAGAUAAUGAAUUAACUGGCGCAAUUACCUUAACAUGCCAGAGAAACUUCACAAAAGGAGAAUCAAAGUACGACAAACCUCCUCCUUUACCUCCUGUCAAAGAUCCUCAAUUUGGAAGGAUAUUAGAGCAAAAAUUAGAGAUUUGCAAAAAUGUUUACGAUUUUAACGACAAUGGUCCAACGGCAGCUGAUAGAGAUAUUAAAUCACGCUCUUUGUGCGAGAUUGUUCAGUUUUUCGAAAAUCCAAACGAGGUUAAGAAACUCAACGAAGAUCUUCAAGUUAAAAUAUUCAAGAUGAUCAAAAAGAACAUAUUCGAUCAAGAUCUGAUCUUUCCAGACCCUCUUAUUUCUCAAUCUUAUGUCAAUGUUGUAAUAGAAACGGGAUGGCAUCAUCUGUUCUACUGCUAUCAAAUAUUAAAUCGCUUCGCUCAGUUGUUUCCUGAAUCUCCACUCCUCAAUAUGAGACUCAUCAAGAAAAUCUUUCAUUUAAUCGAUAUUCCAGAUAACAACGAACGUCUUCAACUCCUAUCAUUCUUACGUACUUACUACGAUUUCCACAAUGCGGAAAGACCAAUACUUCUUCAAAUGACAUACGAUCAUUUGAUAGAAUACCAAAACAAAAUGUUACCUCCAUACUGCGUUCCUCCGCUUUUGGUUUUCUCAUCCCAUAUGUUUACCCGCCUCAACAGAACGUUUACUCCAGAGAUUCUUAAACUAAUUCGAAACGCCGUCUUUCCUUUGAUCAAAUCUCCCCAUAUUUACUUAUUCGGACAGCACCUGCAGCAACUCCUUACAUCAUUGUUCACAUCUGAUCCGCUCAUUGCUAAUGAAUUUUACGAUUAUUUACUAACUCAUUGGCAAUCGGACAAUACUCUCAUUAUGUCAGCCCAUAUUGAGUUCCUGAUAUAUGUAUGCCAAAAGAUGACUCCAGAGCAAAUGAUGAACGUCAGCAAACGAACUUUUAUUAUAUUAACAAUUUGUUUGCUCUCAACACAUCUCAGGAUCAUCAAUGCCACGCUUUUCCUAUGGCUAAGGCCAAAGCUCGACCAAUGGGUUGAAAAUGACUCUCGCCACGCUGUAACUGUGAUGUAUGACAACGUGAAGCGUUUAAGUGAGCUCCAUUGGUCGCAAUCCAUCCGCGAGAAGGCAUCGCAGGUACUCGCUGAGAUGGGAAAGCUCAAUAGAACGGCGUUUCUCAAAAUGAGAAAUAAAAAUACAAAUGAUUCUCGCAGGAAACGCUAUGAAAUUGAGCACCAAUGCAUGAAGAACUGGGCGGCAAUUGCUAAGGAAGCAAUGAACUUCGAAAAAUACGAUGUCAAAGCGAAAUUAUAUGAAAUUAAGGAUUUGUUUGAUUUUAAGGCUCAGGAGAAGAAGAUUAAUGAGUUAUUUGGCAAGCAAUCGAAGCCAAAGGAGUGA